AUGGCCGGUCUACUGUUGGAGAUUAUCUGGAGGCUUCGACUUCAUAGGAGUGGCGUGCGUUGGUAUUCUUCUUCAGAUCGAACUCCAGCUUUCUCUCUGUUUCAGUCUCUUUCUCUCACUGAUCUGCAGAGCUUAGCAGAUUGUGCAAUUGGGUUUGGCCAAUAUGCUCUUGGAGGCAAAGGUGGUGAGGAUUAUAUUGUCACAGACUCUUCUAAUGGUGAUGCUACUGAGCCUCUCUGGAUUGUGUUCCCUGGCAACAUGCUCAUCAAGCUCUCCCAAGAGCUUAUCUUCAACAGCUACAAGACCCUUGAUGGCUGUGGAGCCAAUGUCCACAUUGUGGGUGGUGGCUACAUCACAUUGCAGUUCAUAUGCAAUGUCAUCGUCCACAAUGUGCAUAUCUGCCACUGUUAUCCGUCAGGUGACGCUAAUGUGCGUUCAAGCCCAACCCACUACGGCUACGGCUCAAAAUCAGACAGAUUUUGA